GCGGAAUUCUCUCAGCACAAUUCGAGAUCUUCGAUCCUCGAACGACUCCCACAACUUCGUCCUCGGCAACCUCCCCUCCCUUUCUUCGACAAUCCCAUUCUAAAGCCCAGCGGAAACGCACAAUCAUGGCUGCUAUCCAGGGAGCUCUUUCGAAGCGCCGCAAGUUCGUCGCCGACGGUGUCUUCUAUGCCGAGCUGAACGAGUUCUUCCAGCGCGAGCUGGCUGAGGAGGGCUACUCUGGCGUUGAAGUCCGUGUCACUCCUACCGUCACCGAUAUCAUCAUCCGUGCCACCCACACCCAGGAGGUUCUCGGAGAGCAGGGCCGUCGUAUUCGCGAGCUCACCUCGCUCAUCCAGAAGCGCUUCAAGUUCCCCGAGAACUCGGUUUCCCUCUAUGCCGCUAAGGUCCAGAACCGCGGUCUGUCCGCCGUCGCUCAGUGCGAGUCCCUCCGCUACAAGCUGCUGAACGGUCUCGCUGUCCGCAGGGCCUGCUACGGUGUUCUGCGUUUCAUCAUGGAGAGCGGUGCCAAGGGUUGCGAGGUUGUCGUUUCCGGAAAGCUGAGGGCUGCCCGUGCCAAGUCCAUGAAGUUCACUGAUGGUUUCAUGAUCCACUCCGGUCAACCCGCCAAGGACUUCAUCGACACAGCUACUCGCCACGUCCUUCUCCGCCAGGGUGUCCUCGGUAUCAAGGUCAAGAUUAUGCGCGGCUCCGACCCCGAGGGCAAGGCUGGUCCUCAGAAGACCCUCCCUGACUCCGUCACCAUCAUCGAGCCCAAGGAGGAGCAGCCCGUCCUGCAGCCCAUGAGCCAGGACUACGGUGCCAAGGCUCUCGCCGCUCAGCAACUCGCUGAGCAGCAGAGACUCGCCGAGCAGCAGGCUGCGGAAACACAGGAAGGUGCUGCACCCGAGACCUUUGUCCAAGAGUGAUCUCGAGAGUUUCUUUUAGCCCCUGCUUGCCUUUUCGGUUCUCCUAACGUCUUCUAAUUUUUCCUUUUUCUUUUUCCCUAUCUGUCCGUGAUAACCUAUUUCCUCAAAACCUCACGCCAAUAAAAUGCAUCAUGAAUGAUCCUCUGUUCUCUUACUACAGACAAAAGCGAAAUGGAAAAAUGAAAAAUUGGGACGCUAUUGGGGAAUAAUUUUAUAUUCCCUUCCAUUCGAUGCACAUAACCUGUAUACGUCCUAUGAAAGCGAAGGGAACCGAAUGCUCAUAGCACCUGUAAGGAACGUGGCUCGAUGCCCGCAAAUGAGUAACCUAGAAAUGAUUUAUGAAGCCCCUCACAAUGUCCUUGAGAAGUCGUGAGUUUACAAUUGCUUAGUGGAUUCGACCAUCUACGCUGUAAGUCUGAACGCCACGAUUGUCCCAAAUCUCCUGGGCUGUUCAAGUGUAUUCGACGCACUACAAGCAUUGCAAAGUUGGGGAAAC